CUAUCCUCACUUGUCAUAACAACUUCUACAUAUAACAUACAUACAUGCAGUGUCCCUAAUCCCUUGCUCUUAUACCGUGGCGACUAUUCACUAUUCAAAACAUCCGCAUCCUUUUGAUCCUCUCACUGACGGAGGCGGAGAGUUCAACCACCUAUCUAUACAAUUCACACUUUGAUUUGCGCUGCGAUUGGGCAUUUCCCUCGUUUAGAGCUCACCGCUAUCUGCCCAGAUUUGCCGCUACAUCAGUUCCUGCGAAGUAUCGACCGUCAUACUCCUUGGGUUGGCUUAUGGUGCAUUCCUCGGGGCGAGGGAUCUUGUAAAGAUCUCCUCUGCGGGCCCCGGCGGCGUUGGGACCACGAAGAAAAUAGAAAGAGCUGAGGAUAGGUGGAACGGCAGCUGCAAAGCAGGGGACAAAAGGGACGACCAUCGCAAAUUUAUUUAACCUUAUCCCUUGGAUCGCUCAGUUGAGAACCAGAAUAUGUCUCCUUCUCCACAACUGGCCCCGCCGGGGUCCAGUACCUACUCGUCAAACACUCUGAACGUCGGGGAUGGAACAUGGGAUUCGCAGCGGAAUACCUUCCUUCUGCCGAAUUUGAUGGGCUUGAAUUUCGAAACGAUGCGAUAUAAUGGUAUGGGGAACAGAUUUCGUGAAAUGGCCGGCUACCAUUCCUUAAUUCGAGCCCACGGCGUUAUAGCUGCCAUCACGUUCCUAGGCCUCAUUCCGACUGCCAUAUUAAUGGCUCGUUUCUAUUCUCCAUCCCCGUUUUGGGCGUUAAGAUACCACAUAUGGCUCCACGUUCUCUCCCUGUUUUUAUCGACUGUUGUUUUCGUUUUAGGAUGGUUUGCUGUCGGACCUAACAGGAGUUUAACAAAUCCCCAUCAUGGGAUUGGGUUGGCGAUAUAUGUUAUGAUCAUUUUUCAGACCUUUUGGGGCUGGUUUGUACAUAAGCGCACAAAGGGCAAACGGUUGUUCCAUAUGCCUUUGAAGGUUAUGUUCCAUAAAUGGCUGGGUCGAGCGCUGGCACUCCUCGGAAUUGCCCAAAUACCCCUUGGGCUUGCUCUUUAUGGUUCGCCAUUGGCUCUAUUCAUCCUCUAUGCUCUCGCAGUUUUUACCCUGGUCCUCAUUUAUUUCAUCCUCACCUACCUCCAUGAACGCCGUAUAGGUGCGGACUAUGACAGCCGUGGUAGCUAUAUGUCAGGCCCUGAAAUCGUUGAAGAUGGUCACAGUCACAGCAACGCCGGCCGUCUCGCAACUGCCGGAGCUCUUGGGCUAGGUCUUGGAGUGCUUGGAAAUCGCAUGAGGAAUCGGUCACGAAGCAGAACUUCCAUAGACGAAUCAGAUAUGACCCCUCGACCGCAUCGUGAUGACGAAAAAAGCGAUCACCACCAUGGCGGGAGUGGGUGGAGGAAACGCAUCCUCCAAAUAGGUGCCCUUGCGGGUGCUGCGGGUCUGGCGAAAAAAUACUUUGAUAAGCGCCGUGACCGGGAGAGUGAUACUGAGUCAGGAAGAUAUGAACCAGCACAUGGACAUGGACAUGGGCACCAUGACAGUCUCUAUGACGAUUCCUUGGCUCAUACCGAGGAAGGGAGGCCACGACCUAGCCAUCCACGAGCAUACGAUGGGCCUCCUAGCCGCCCACCAAGCAUAGGAUAUACUGACAGCGGGUAUUUCGAAGAGAGCGAACGAGGCCACGGGGUCCGUAACGCUCUUUUUGGCGCAGGUGCAUUUGCCGCGCUGAGAGGAAUUUUCAAAAGUCGCGAGAGAAAAGAGCAAGAGCGAGUCGAAGAGCUUCGACGGCAGGAUAUCGAAAAUGAGCGAAGAGCGAGACAGAGCGCAAAUCAACGGAGAUACACAGGCGAUGGCCAACCUCCGCCGUCGCGUAGAACCCCAGGGCGGAGAUACUCAUUCAGCACGGAAAUGACAGAGAGUACAGACCCCCACGUGGCGCCCCCUCCAAGUGAUAUCCCUCCUGUACCUCCCGUCCAUCGUCAUCAUCAUCAUAAUCGUACCGUCUCUGGAUCAGACACUGUAACAUCAAUUGGCGGCGCUGGUGGUGAUGGUAAAAAGCCCCAAAGAUCAUCAGCAGGAUCAGCAGCGACUGCGACAGCAGCAAACUCCAGCCGCCGACGCCGGGGUCGUGACCAAUCCGUCGACUCCGAGCCCGUUUCCAUCAACGUAAAAUUUCACAAUGACAAAGGCCGCCGCGUCACGCUCCGCCGCCUAACACCAGAGGAAGCAGCUGCGUCACGUAGAGCAAAGAGGAAGGAUCCUCGCCGCUCUAGUCGCCAACGGCAUGGGAGUGUCAGCUCCCUAUCAGGCCAUGAGGGAGCGGAUGAUCACUGGCGCCGCGUCGAAGAGCGGGAACGCAUGCAGCAGGAGGAUAUGGAUGCUGCUGCUGCUGCCGCUGGUGGCGGUGCUUCCACUGCCGCGCCAGCAUCGACUAUAGGCCCACCAACACCAACGCCAAUCCGGAACUACACCGGUGUCCCACCACCUGGUGGUAGUAGUUACUCUGGCCCAUUACCGCCUCCCCCGCCUAUACCUGGUGUUACUCCUUCAAGUUACCUCACCUCUCCCCCUCCUGGUAGUACGGAUUUGAGCAGUCAUGCCAGUAAGAGAGAGCGGAGGAGAGCGGAAAGGAGGACGAUGUCGAGACAGGGGAGGCAUAAUGUGGAGUUUACUUGAGAAGGUUUAUUCAUCCGUUUGUUUAUUCUGCGCAAACCCCCCCCUUUACCAACUUUUUUCCCUUUCUGAGAUGUUAUCUUUGGACUUUUUAUUCUGAGAGCUUUCUCUAUGUUUGUGAUGUUUUCUACGCUUUUGAUGCCUUUUGACGCCCCCUUUCUUUUUUACGUAUUAUGGAUCUGGAUGACUAACUUCCAAUGUAACUAUACAAAUUCCCCCUUGCUUUUAUUCCUUCUACCGGCCUUUCUUCUUCCGUAUUUAGUCUUGUUAUUUCUAUUCUGUGCCACUAUUGGUAGGUAUAUAUUUGCGUUCAUGUUCCAAAUAUACAGAGAUGCGAUUACAUACCCCAUCAAAGCUAGAUAUCCAAACACACCAAGUUUGGCUCGGCAUUCUUGUUCAUCAUUACAUUUUCGUACACUGUAUUGCGAAUAUCUUCGCCCUCUUUGUUCUCUGUUCUUCCAAGUUGGCAACCCCCCACUGCUCUCAAAAACUCCUUUGCGCAGGAUCCAUGACACUACUUUAGAGAAUCAAUCUCAGCAUCUAUAUUCACAUUUUUCUUUCUGCGUCUCUCGUAUUGAAAUAUCUUUUCUGUUUAUGUGCUUUGUAUUAUUACUCAACUUUUCUUUUCAUUACUCAAUUGUUAUUCAGUUUUCGAGAGGAUAUGUUGCAUCUAAAAGAAUGUAUAUGCGUUUGAGAUUAAAAUGAGCGGAAAAUUUGCGUAGAUAUAAAUGGCUGAACAAGAAUGUAGUGGAAGUGAUGCUUUUUCAUACUAGAUUACUAAAAUUCGUGCGGAAGAUGAAACACAAGAAGUUUUUAUGUAACUUGUUCUGUUGACUGAGUUACAGAGAAGAGGGCAAAAAAAAGGGUUCCGCUAGAAAGAUUGCUAGGAGUGAUAUAGAGAGAUCAAAGGAUAGAGAUAUAAAGCGCUUUUUAAAACUGAAAGUUUAGUCAUUGAACAGAAGACAUGUAAGUAGAUAGUGGUUGCUGGAUUUUUUAAUUCUACAUUGCUCAACGCUUUAUAAUGGAAAAA